AUGGCCGAGAGCCAAAACGCGUGCGUUUCAUUAAUCCGACGGUUAUGGACGGGAUCACGGGUUAAAAGACUCGGGGAGAAGGGAUUCCUCAUUCAUUCAGACUCAGAAAUAUUUCUAAGUGUCCAGAGAGAAACGGUUAUCGAGAGAGAAAGCGGUUUCCGAGAGUUUUCGUCUGUUCCGAUCGAUAUCGACCGUAUCGAUCGUCUGUUCCGACCGAGAGCGCCUGUUUCCGAUCGGUGGUCUGACCGAGAGCCGACCGUACCGAAGAUCCGAGAGCCGAACGUUCGACGAUCCGUCCGAGAGCGUCCGAGCGACCGUUCUGUAACCGUACGAACCUCCAUAGAUUCAAUGGUUGAUGAUUGCUUGUUAAUGUGUCUGAUUGCUUGUCGUACUGAUUCUGAUGGCUUGGUCGGAAUGGUCGGUCUAUUGGCGAGGGUUACUCGGCCGGUGGGCGGGAUGACCGCAUUCACUAAGCAAACUUGUUUGCUUAUGCCUCAUUUUAAUGUGGCAGGAACUGAUCCGACCAUAGGUGAUGGCCGGACUGACUGA